GACCACUUUAUAAAUAGGGAACUAAUCCUCUCCAAACAUCAUAUCAAUCUCUCCUUAAAUUCAUUUUUCUAUAUCCUUUUAUCAAUUCUCCCUUUGCAACUACACCAUGGCUGAAGAGGAGCACCGUAGCCGCGGCCUCUUCCACCACAAAAAGGAUGAAGAUAAGAGACCUACCGGCGAUGACUAUGACUCCGGUAAUUACCGAAAGACAUCACACAAUGAUGAGUUUUCUAGUGGUGACAAUGAAUCUAGUUACAACAAAACAUCAUAUGGUAAUGAAAAUCCCGGUGGUGACUAUGGAACUGGUUACAAUAAAACAACAACUAAUUAUGAAACAUCUGAUAACUAUGGUGGUACUGGUAGUGGAUACACUGACACCAAAACAACCACCGGUGGCGGCUACGGUGGCGGAUAUGGUGACUCUGACACCAGAAAAACUACCGGUGGCGGCUAUGGUAGUGGUGGCUAUGAUGACUCUGACACCAGAAAAACUACUGGCGGCGGCUAUGGUGGUGGUGGCUAUGAUGACUCUGACACCAGAAAAACUACUGGUGGCGGCUAUGGUGGUGGUGGCUAUGAUGACUCUGACACCAGAAAAACUACCGGUGGUGGCUAUGGUGGUGGCUAUGGUGACUCUGACACCAAAACAACCACUGGUGGCGGUUAUGGUGGUGGCUAUGGUGACUCUGACACCAAAACAACCACUGGUGGUGGUUAUGGUGGCGGUUAUGGUGAUGAUACUAAUAGUCGUGAUGAUGAUGUUGAUUAUAAGAAGGAGGAGAAACAUCACAAGAAACUUGAGCAUGUUGGUGAGUUUGGUGCUGUAGCUGCCGGUGGUUAUGCUUUGUAUGAGAAGCACAAAUCAGGGAAGGAUCCUGAGAACGCUCACAGGCACAAGAUAGAAGAAGAGGUUGCAGCAGCUGCUGCAGUGGGAUCUGGUGGAUUUGCCUUUCAUGAACAUCAUGAGAAAAAAGAAUCCAAGGAGGAAGAUGAAGAAGCCCAUGGAAAGAAAAAACACCAUUUCUUUGGCUGAAGAUAUGUGUAUAUAAUAUAACUAUAUAAUAAUAAGCAUACAAGCAUUAUGGAAAUAUUCAUUCUGCUUAGCUUUUACCCUAUAAUUAAUUAUGCUCUUGGGUUGUUUAUGUGUAUUUAUUAGUAUUGAGUUCAUCUAAUUGCAGUUUAAUUUGAGUGGUUUGGAGAAUGUAAUUCCCAGAUUGAUAUCAUAUAGAUGAUGCAUGUAUGUAUGAAUCUAUAUGUUGUGUUAAUUGUUAAGUACACAAUAUACUAUUGUAAAAGAAUGUGAGAUGAUUUCAAUAAAAUUACUAGUUCUGCCGGUAA